GCUGCUCCGGAGUGCUCCGCCCCCGAGGAAGGGCCCGCUCGUCCCGGCUCCCGGCGGCUCCCCAGGUACCCCCGCCGCCCGGUCCCGACCGGGGUCCCGCUCCCCGGCGCCGCCCCGGGCGCUGCGCGGCCGCCCGCCCGCCCUCCCCCGCGCCGGGCCGCGAGCCUCCUUCCUGGCGGUUUCCCGGCGGCGCGGAGGCGGCGCGCGGGCCCGGCCUCCGCCCUGCGCGAGCGAGCGAGCGAGCGAGCCCAUCGCGCCGCAGAGGGGGGCGGUGGGCGUGGCGGGCCGCGUCCUCGGUGAGCGCUCCCGGGCUCCGCGCUCCGCAGGGCCCGCGCCGCCGAGCAUGAGCGGGGAGCAGAACCCGGCCAGCAGGCCCACGCCUGUGCAGGACGUGCAGGGCGACGGGCGCUGGAUGUCCCUGCACCACCGGUUCGUGGCGGACAGCAAGGACAAGGAACCCGAGGUCGUCUUCAUCGGGGACUCCUUGGUCCAGCUGAUGCACCAGUGUGAGAUCUGGCGCGAGCUCUUCUCUCCUCUGCACGCACUUAACUUCGGCAUCGGUGGAGACAGCACCCAGCACGUGCUCUGGCGGCUUGAGAACGGGGAGUUGGAGCACAUCCGGCCCAAGAUUGUGGUGGUCUGGGUGGGCACCAACAACCACAGCCACACAGCGGAGCAGGUGACGGGAGGCAUCCAGGCCAUCGUGCAGCUGGUGAGCAAGCUGCAGCCGCAGGCCCGGGUGGUUGUGCUGGGCCUGCUUCCAAGGGGCCAGCACCCCAACCCGCUGCGGGAGAAAAACCGACAGGUAAACGAGCUGGUCCGGGCAGCCUUGUCUGGCCACCCCCGAGCCCACUUCUUAGACGCAGACCCUGGCUUUGUGCACUCUGACGGCACCAUAAGCCACCACGACAUGUACGACUACCUCCACCUGAGCAGGCUGGGCUACACCCCCGUCUGCCGGGCCCUGCACUCCCUGCUCCUGCGGCUCCUGGCUCAGGACCAGGGCCAGGGCGCCCCUCUGCCAGAGGCCACACCCUGAGCAUCCUUGUUCUCCCGACAUUAAAGUCUGCUUCUGCCUCCUG